AUGAAUAAGAAUAUUGUACCCAACAACAAUUCAACUACUACUACUAGUGCUACUACGACCACUUCAUCGAAGUACAAUUUCCUACCGAAAUUUAACCAUCAAUCAACCAUCAAUAACCAGCAAUUUAACAAUAAUAACGCAUCACAACAACAACAACAACAACAACAACAACAACAACAACAACAAACUCAUCACCAUCAAACAAGAGUCUUUUCAAAUGAUGUUAUUGAUUCAUUGGCAAAUAGUCUAUCAUUCAAUAGAACUGCGAGUUCAUCGUCUUCAAUAUUGAGUACCCCAAGCAAUAACAUUAGAAAGUAUCAGCGGCAGCAGCAACAACAGCAACAAGAACAAGAACAGCAGCUGUUUCAACAGCACCAUAAUCAUCGUAACAAACAUCAGCCGCACCACAAGCGAGACACUCGCCCCCACGAUGACAAACAGAAAGGUGUUGAAAAGAGUGGCCGAAUAUCAAGAAAUGGUCAAUUAAUCAAGAACAAGUUACUAAAUCUACACCAGUCACAUAAACUGUUACAACCAAGCCCUAUCUCAACCGAGGAACAAGAACAAAAACAACAGUCACAAUUGCAACAAUCGCCUCGGAAAGUUGCUCAUAAUGCAGAGUAUUUUACACGAAAAGUGGUGUUUGGAAAUGAUUCAAGCGAUAGUGAGGAAGAUAUUGAUGGUGAUGUUGAUGGUGAGGAUCAGAAUAUUUAUCUUAUAAGAUCGAUUCCUGGGUAUACAAGGGGGGAAUUGGAACUUUUAUUCAAACAACCAACUCAAUUGAAUGAAGAAGACGAGAGGAAACUCCUAUUGGAAUACAAGAGGAACCUAAUGUCGAAACAGGAGAGAUAUUUCAUGAAGACCCAUUCUCUAGCGAUUCGUCGACAAGUACAAGUCUCACAAAAGAAAGAUGUGCUCGCAAAGAUGUUUGGCGAUAACAAUAAGCUUAUUAGUGAAUAUAUGACCAACAACACCGAUUAUUCAUCGUUGGAUCGGUCAUUUAAUUUGCAUAAAGUAUUGAAUGAAGAUAAUGAAGAGAUUACUAAUUUGCUAGAAGAAGACGCUUGGUUUCAAGCAUCGAUGGAAGAAUUUAGAAACCUGAUGGUGCAAAAGAAGCAGCACUAUGUAUUAUCUGAUGGUGAUGGUAAUGAACAUGAUUUUAAAAUUGCUUUGAAGGAUUUAAUUGACAAGUUUGAUUAUGACGUUGGCGAUGAGAUGAUGACAGAUCAAAAUCAAGAAUUAUAUCAGUUAGGAAUGUCACAUUUAAAAGCAGUUUGCAAGCAAGGCCGAGAUGAAAGUGAUGCAAAAUACUAG